AUGGACGGAAUUCUACGACCACCACAGCUCGAUGAGCUCGGAUUGCCUCUCCGUCCUUCCAAUCGCGGCGGCGACGAGGGUAUCAGCGAUGAGAUGAUGCAACGAUUUCAGGCUGGGGAUUUUUCAGACUUCAAUUUACCACAGCCGUCUUCAUUCCCUACUCCGGAGGAAGCUCAGCAAGAGGCACGAGGGCGGUCAACCGAGAUUCUAUCAUCGUGGGAAACACUGCGGCAGAUACUUGAAAGACACGAGGAGGUUAUACGCAGACGUUGGUUGAAGAAGACAAAAACGCAGAGAACAGCCAUCAUCUUGAAAGCUUGGCCGAACAUGUCUCCUACGCAUCGGCCAGAUUAUGCAGCCAUGCAGAAAGAGAAGUCCGCAGUAGUACGAGCUGGGGGAACGAAAUUCAGAGAAGCAUAUAUGUGGCCCGACAUCAAUAUCGAGGAUCUGGUCAAGGGAAAAACCUUCCUCCUUCUCUUGAACUCGCGAGGUCGAAAUACACCCCAAACGUUUGCUCAUGCAGACUCCGAUGCGAUGCGGGUAGGCCACGUAAGCGGCGCCUGUAUGCCUCCAUUCCUCAAUCUACAUACCAUGUUGCUCGAGGGAGAGACAACCGAAACAUACGGACGUCUAGUUUCCUGGGAUGAUGACGAGGAAGCUAUGAUGAAGACAUUUAAUGGCCUUGGCUUUCUGCCUGGGGAGGGAGUUCAGGUUUUGGAAAUACAGCAGAAACUACUCGGCUUCCUCCUCACCUGCUGUUUUUCUAUACUACAUGACAUGGAACCGAAAACGAUGAUCAGUGAAGCAGCAGUCAGGCCAGAACCAUCGCCAUUGUCAGAUGAUGCGGAGUACCCAUCUUUGGCAAAUAUCGCUGCCGAAGCUCCCUAUCGUCUCCCGGCUCGACUUGACUUCAACCGCCUCAAGACUUUGAUUGACGCGAAGCGUUUAAGUGUCGAGGAUCAUAUCCGUAGCUUAAGAGAAGAUCCGGGCUAUUUUGCAGAUGUGUUAGGAGACUGGAGUGAGCAUCGCCAAGAGAAGUUGCUGGACACGAAUGGGAAGCGACAUCCGGUACUUGGUGAGCCAUUGUUUUGGGAACGAGUUAUAGGUAACGUUGUUACGGAUGCCUACGGCGGACUCGUCGUAUGGAAUAUCAUCAGUGAGCAACUCACUCACUUGGCCACCCUCCAAGCAAAGUACUCGGAUUCCAUCACUCCGACAAAGACGCUUCCUCCAGAAUAUCUCAAGGCAUUGUUAACGUUUCGAUACACGCUGGAACAAUCGAAGAAAGGUCCGAUUCUCCAACUGAAGACUGGAGUUCCGGCCUCACCCUACUAUCGUUCCACAUUCGUCCGAGAACCUCAUGUGCCAGGUUCUAGUAUGAUCAGACUGCAAAGCAAGACCAAGAUGGAUUACCUGAUGUGGCUUUUCAGUAAUCUUUGGACUGAGGAACAACUCACACUAUUGGGUUUUCCGGGCCUCAUGGACGAGAUUGAGCAUCACAUCCAAAGCGAUCCUAAAGUGAAAGCCAAAAUUUCGUCCUGGACUGCUAGAAUCUUCGCCGAGCUCGGUCUCAUAGCCCGAAUCCGACAUGAGCUGGACAUCUACCAACCAUGGGCCUCCGGUUUUGACAAUGGAUAUGUAGACUUUCGAGAAGAAAUUGAAAAGGAUUUCCCGCGACGAUUUGCUGGACUUGCAGAGAUCCAGAAUAACUUUCAAGGACUCUCGGUCGCCAAAUUCGGUAGUCCAACGGACGGCCGAUUCCACUACCCGUCUGACAAGCGACGGACACAAGUAACCACACAGAGCAUGCGGAAGGCAGAAGCUAAUCUAGAUUUAUUCUGGGAGAAAGUUGAUGGCCACUACAGGCGAAAAAUCGGAAAGUCACUUGACCAGACUGUAGAACACAUUUUCACGGAACCGCGUGAUCCCUUAGAACGAACUCCUGAGUGGAUCGAGCCGAUCAAAGACGAAAAGAAGGCCACAGCCCAACAUUCUCAAUCUGAUCUAGAUUCGGACCGUCACUUCUCUUCUUCGCAUCUUGACCCUAAGGAAUCCUCUAAAUUUGUUCCCUCUCAACCGAAAGUCAAGUCUAAGACGCGGGGUUCAGCGCAGGACAAUACAGCUACUAUCGAUGAAGCAGUCACGAGACCGGUGCCAGCCGAAGACGAGCAGCCUGUAUUCAGACUCAAAAAACGCGCUCUCAAAGUCUUCAAGGCCUUGUUUUACAACCCUUCUCAAUCCGACUUACCCGGCGAGAUUCAGUGGACUGACUUUCUCUUUGCCAUGGCUGCAACAGGCUUGGCACCCGAGAAACUAUACGGAUCUGUUUGGCAAUUUACGCCUUCUGCUCUCGAUGUGGAACGCAGCAUCCAGUUUCAUGAGCCACAUCCCGUUGGAAAGAUCCCCUUUCGGAAUGCGAGACGGAUCGGGCGACGCCUGAGUCGAACGUAUGGAUGGCAUGGAGCUAUGUUUACUCUUGAGUAG